AAGCACUGUCUCUGGCAACAGGUUUUCAGUCAUGAACAGCGGAGUUACGAACACAACAUCGGCUAUGUUGAAGCUAGUGUGCAUCUUCGCCGUGCUGGCCACUACUCUUGCAGUAGAUGGCGACUUCGAUAUAGACAUCGGAAUACCACGCGCUAAAGGUACCUGUCAGUUCCGUUGCGUGUCCGACGGCAGUUGUCUUCUAGACUUUGCACAGACAUGUGAUGGCGUGGAAGACUGCCCUCAGGGGGAAGACGAAGACUGUGGUUCACUCUGUGACCCGGAAACAUGCCUGCUAAGAGACAACUGCCAUUGUCUGAGCACCUCGCCACCUGGCGGCCUAGAACCAAAGGAUGUUCCGCAGAUGAUCUUGAUUAACACGGAGAACGAAAUACCAUACAGCGGUAUCUUUUCUACGAGAUCCACAGAUAAGGAUGGAAAAGCCAUAAGAGUGCCACGCAAAAAUCCAAAUGGAUGUCAGGCAACGGGCACUUUCUUCUUCCGUCACGAGUACACAAACUAUGCUUACGUCAAGCAGGUUUACGCGAGAGGUCACGAGAUCGGCUCGCUGUCGAUUAGUCACCAGCUACCAAGCACUUAUUGGGCCAUGGCAUCCGCGGAAGAAUGGGAUCGAGAGCUUUCUGGACACAAACAACUGUUGGAGAAAUUUGCCGGUAUCAAUCCAGCUGAUGUCAAGGGGACUAGGGGCUCCCCAUACUACCAGGUUGGUGGUGAAAACCAAUUUGAUGCUAUGAGUCGCAACGGUUUCGCGUAUGACUCAUCAAUGGCGACACAUUACAAUAACCCACCGGUUUAUCCCUACACGUUGGAUCACAAGAAUAGGAUUGAAUGCUUCGUUCCGCCAUGUCCACUCAAAUCAUGGCCAGGAAUCUGGGAGAUUCCACUGAAUGUCUACAACGACGUUAAUGGUACUCGUUGCAAACAGCUCGGAAGCUGUUAUCGUCCUGGUAACCGAGAUUGGUACAGUUUCAUCAAGCAAAACUUUAACCGCCAUUAUUUGACCAACAGGGCUCCAUUCCAAAUCACGCUGCGAAAUGACUGGUUCAUAUCAAGCUCGACAGCUUAUCGUGGUUUGAUACAGUUCCUUGACGAGAUGGCUGAAAUGAAUGACGUCUACUUUGUCAGCAUGUCUCAGGCAAUCGAUUGGAUGAGGAAUCCGACGCCUCUGUCGUCCAUCUCUAGCUUCAAACCGUGGAACUGGUGCCAGGAACCGCAGAAUCGUGAUCGCAGCUGUGACAACGUCGCCAGUUGCCAGUACAUCAACGUCACCCACGUUCCACUUCCCAACGAGCGAGUAAUGCGCAUAUGCGAUCCGGCAGAAUGUCCGCCUAUCUACCCGUGGGUUGGCAGACCGCUCGGCGAGCUACCCGGCCAGGGUUAGAGAUCUCGCGAGUCUCAUCCUGUGAUGUCCCGUCCUAUAACAUCCCAUCUAAUAACGCCACAUUCCAAUGACGUCACAUCCUAUGACUCUAGUUGCGUAAACUAGUGCGGGUCCACUGAGGCUGUACUGCAUUGGGCGAAUUAAAGCUGGAGCGGCCAUAUUGGUGCAAGUUAAUCGAUAGCUAUACAUGCGGCGAACGCUAUGUGCAUUUUGUUAAUUGCUGCAUGCUAUACAUUUACCUGAUAUAAGUAAAGGCUACUAUAGGGAAUAGUAUUGCAACAUCAAGUACAGCCGAGUAGUUACACCUAUUAUAGGUCUACAGCUAUGGUCAAGCAGAUAACAAUGAUCCCCACAUUUGUACCUUAUGCAUGUAUGCAUUGUACGUAUAUAUAUAAUGCACAUAUGCAUUAUAAACACCUUACAGUGGAUUUCCUACGUUCAUCGUUGCUAUAUGAGCAUGUGUAGAGAAGCUAUGGAUCCAUUUUGUUAGUACACUUUAUAUGCAUAUUUUCAGUUACUCUGAAAUUCGAUCGCCACGGCUUUUGAUGUAGAACGUAUAUUAUUUCUGCAGCUAUUUCUUUUUAUUCACAUUAGUCAACAUUGUAUGAUAAUAAAUUAGAUGUUAAAUAUU